AUGUCGUCCACCCAGACCGUCCAGUGCUUCGGCAAGAAGAGAACCGCCACCGCCGUUGCCCAGUGCAAGGCUGGCAAGGGCCUCGUCAAGGUCAACGGCAAGCCCCUCUCGCUUGUCCAGCCUGAGAUCCUCCGCUUCAAGGUCUACGAGCCUCUCCUCGUCCUUGGCCUCGACAAGUUCGCCAACAUCGACAUCCGCGUCCGCGUCACCGGUGGUGGUCACACUUCCCAGAUCUACGCCAUCCGUCAGGCCAUUGCCAAGUCUGUCGUCGCCUACUACCAGAAGUUCGUCGACGAGCACUCCAAGAACAUGCUCAAGCAGGCCCUCGUCCAGUUCGACCGUACCCUCCUCGUCGCCGACAACCGCCGGUGCGAGCCCAAGAAGUUCGGUGGUAAGGGUGCCCGCUCCAGAUUCCAGAAGUCUUACCGUUAA